AUGCAUGUGGCUGUCGUUGCGUGUUGGAGGACGCAGCGCCCUCCACUCGCACGGCUCACCCCAAUCGCAGCUGCGAGGGGCAUUUCGUCAACAUCGACACGGCAUGCAUCCGAAGCAGGGGAUGUGCCUUCCGCCGCUCAACCAGCCGAUCGUGCGGCCACGAUUCACGAGAUGGGGAAGGACUCCCCAAUCGCAGCCACGAUGCAAGCGGGCGGCGAGCCAGUCGAUUUCCGUCAAACCGCCAUUCCCAAGCGGCCCUCGGGACUAAAAGCAACGGAUGUGCUGACACCGCAUCUUUUGUCCACUGCCGCCGAAUCACCGGUACAGUUGCAAAAAAGAACACAGUUUUCGUUUCUUGGCGAUCCAAAAGACCGCUCCGCCCGCAGUGUGUUUUCUGUCCACACGGUUCCGAACAACAUGCCGAAGCCGUUGCUUCCCAUGUGGGCGUCCAGCCUCACUUCACCCCAGCUGGGAAAGCAGCGUCUACGUGUCGAAAACUGGAUCUCCACGGACAGUAUGGGGACGCUGCCUGAGGAGCAUGUUGUGGAAUUUUUGACUUGGCUGCGAGGACGAUGCACCUCCUCCCUAUAUGCUUUUUUUCUACAGCAGAUGGAGGAGAAUAUUGAAUUUUACUUACGGACACAAUACACACGCGGUUUAAUCGCACGCAAGGGAUUUAAGGCGGGAGAUGUGAUUUUGGCAGUUCCCCUUACCGAUGCGUCUACUGAUUACGACGAUUUCGAUGGGGAAUCUGUUAACUCUGCCACGCAUGCUUUGGCUCCAUGGGGUCUUGUCCUGAAUUCCGAGACUCUUCAGCGUCAUUCGUUGGCUGCGCAACGCCGCGGGGUUCCUUCCUAUGCGACAAUAGAGUCCAUUGUGGGUUUAAGAAAGACCGCAUUUGAUCCCGUACCGCACCCUUUGUUUGUGGAUCAGGUGCAUUGCGCGAUGUUUCUUGCCUGCGAGAGGGCAGAAGGACCGUGCAGCCCACUCUAUCCGUAUCUGCGACUUAUUUCCCCAUUUGAUGAUGAUUUUAUUCGCGAGCUUCACCACGGUGUCUUGGACCCAGCGACGCACCUGGAGUACAGCGAUCACUGUGGGCGUUACUCGCACUGGUUGCGACAGAUUCAUCAAAAGUGGUUAAAGGAGCACGAAAUUGCGCAGAUGAUUGAAGCAACAUGCCCGUCAUUUCCUGAUUCUACGGCCAGCGGUUCACAUGAGUACCGAGAGGACCUAAAGGCAUUUUCUCACGACGGCAACGGCCAAUAUCGACAGCCACCCCCUUCUAUGGAGGAUCUGACUUGGGCCUUUCGCUUUGUAUUGUCACGUCAGCGCUUUUUUCCCAUAAGAAAGAACGUGGAACCGUUUGAACGCAUUUGUACGGAGCGCAAACGGAUGCAAGUAGAGGAGGACGCAUGGACACGCCUUGUCAGCAGUGUUAGAUGGACUCUCCUGGAUCGCGUUUUUGGUGUGAUUGAUCAUAAACGUGCCGCUGUGAAUGAAUUUGAUCCUCACACCAUUGCGUCUGUGGUGCCGGUGCUGGACAUGCUGCAGCAUCCCCCAGGUGGGGUGGCCAACACGGAGGUGACCGUAGAAUUUCCGCCUGCCGCGGAGCAUGAGGGAACUGCGGGACGUGGAACCCGCUGCGCUGUUAUUCGGGCCGUGGAGGACAUUGAAGAGGGCGACGAACUCACCGCACUGCUCCCAAAGUGUUACUCCCUUUCGUACACGUUGUACCGCUUUGGAUUUUUGCCGCUGCGACGUCGUGUAGAUGACGCCGCGGCAAUUUCAGGAGAAUUUCUUGACGCACAUGCGAGCACCCCGGCCGAGAGACCCCGCAUUGCUCUCCCGAAAGGCCGGAACGCAGGCAAUGUAUACAGGCGUGGGGCAAUUUGGCGUCCCUGGCGCAAUGAGCCGCCCGCAAGAGUGAAGGGGGGCCCAUUUGAUUUUACGCCCAAAACAUGA